AGAAAAAGCUGUAGCUAUCAAUGGUGUGGGCGCUUAAUGGUUAUCAUCACUGUCUCUAUUUUGUUUCGAACUUCCGCUUUAACAAUGGCGUUUUGACCUCUCUCUCUCUCUCCUUCAACUUGUUGUCGCAAUCCCUAGAAGACCCAAUAAACCCCUAAUUUCUCUUUCAUUUCCAUAUUGAUUUGCCUCGCGUGUACUUCUUCGUUGUGCUUCUUAAGAAUCAGAUAAACCCCUCUCUCUCUCUCUCUCUUCGCUGCUCUGUUCUUAGCUCAUCAGUAAGAUACGCCAAAGAUAUCCUCUUGAAGGGUUUAUCGCCCUUAUUUUCGGGGAAUUCGAUUCAGUAGAAAAGAGAUUCCCUUUUCGAUUCGUCUUCUCCGAGAUUCUCUCUCUCUCUUUAGUUUAUCCGAGUUAUUAGUGAGUUUCUGUGGAUCUCUAGCUAAAAGAUUCCAACUUUGCUGAUAGUCUGGUUGGAAUCCUAGUCUGAUUAGAUUUUUAAAAAAUGACUGUGGAAGAAGUUAGUGAUGGUUCUGCGUGGAGUAGGGAAGAUGAUAUUGCGUUCGAGAGAGCUCUUGCUAAUCAUACAGAUGAAUCCGAGGAAAAGUGGGAGAAGAUUGCUGCUGAUGUUCCAGGGAAAAGUGUUGAGCAGAUUAAAGAGCAUUACGAGCUUUUAGUUGAGGAUGUUGGUAGGAUUGAAUCAGGGUGUGUCCCUCUUCCUUCCUACCGUUCUCCUCCUGAGGAUGCUGGUGACGAUGGAGGAAGUAGUAAGAGAGGAGGUAACAGUCAUGACCAGGGAAGCAAAGCAAAGGCUGAUCAAGAACGACGAAAGGGUAUUGCCUGGUCCGAGGAUGAGCACAGGUUAUUUCUUCUUGGUUUGGAUAAGUACGGGAAAGGUGAUUGGCGUAGCAUUUCUCGUAACUUUGUGGUAACAAGAACACCGACCCAAGUAGCGAGCCAUGCUCAAAAGUACUUCAUUCGUCUAAACUCAAUGAACAAAGACAGAAGACGAUCAAGCAUUCACGACAUUACUAGUGUUGGCGACGUAGAUGUCUCAACGCCACAAGGACCGAUCACUGGUCAGAACAACAACAACAACAACGCCGGUUCUGCUGCUGUUGCUGGAGGAGGAAACAAAUCAGCCAAGCAACCCGCCUCCCAACCAACACCUGGACCUCCUAUGUAUGGAACACCCACCAUAGGUCAACCAGUAAGUGGACCAUUGGUCUCAGCAGUUGGAACACCUGUGAACCUCCCAGCUCCGCCUCACAUGGCUUAUGGAGUCCAUUCUGCUCCAGUCCCUGGAUCAGUGGUUCCUGGUGCACCUAUGAACAUGGCUCAGAUGCCGUACACCAUGCCGAGGACACCAACUGCUCAUAGGUAACGUCGAAAGUACCUUUGUUAUGAUAGUGCUCUCUGUUUAGGUGUAAGAAAGCUGUGUAAAGGAUUUAGUUAAUAUUCCUUGAGCGAGUUUUUUUUAUUACUUAGUUUCUGAGGAUUUUUACGAGAUCGAAUAAGAAAGAUAUUAAUCUUUAUAUGGUUUUAACCUCUAUGAAACUUUGUUAAUGUUCAA